AUGACCCUACUCUUCUUCUUCUUCUUCGCGUCAGUUGUGUCGCAGGACUAUUCGUGGAUGUCUCCCGAUCGCGCGGUACAAUCGGCGUUUGAGAGCUUUCAGUCGGGGUCUCGACAGCCGAACAGACACGAGGGCAGCACGCCGAUCAGAUCGGCCCAAAAGACGACGGGAACUCAAGAGCAACAGGCCUUCCUCAAACCGCUGACCUGGCGGUUCCCUGACGUUGUCGAAGAGGACGGGCCUGGGUUCCCGCCGGAGUUCGAGGUGAAGGUCCCGGUGCCGGCCGACAACGUGGCCAUCCAUUGCGGGCCGAGUACUGUCCGGGUGGAGGCGAAGAAGGAUUUGCUCGGCAUUGGCAAACCCAUCCAGCCGGCAGACAUAACGCUGGGCGACUGCCCGGUGGCUGGGGAGGACCCCGCAGCCGAAGUCUUGCUCUUCGAGUCGGAGCUGCAUGGCUGCGGCAGCCAGCUGAUAACGACUGAUGAGUCACUUGUCUACAUGUUUACCCUGCAUUAUAACCCAAGUCCCAUAGGAGGCCAUCCCAUUGUCAGAACGAGAGAUGCAACAAUCCCACUGGAGUGUCACUACCCUAAGAACCAUGGCAUCAGCAGUGAGGGAGUGCUGCCCACCUGGAUACCCCAUAUUGAUGCCAAAGACUCUGUGGGAAGUCUGUACAUGUCUCUUAGACUUAAGACCGACGAUGGGCAAUUUGAGAGACCUUCCAGCCAGUAUUUCUUGGGUGACAUGUUGAGGAUUGAAGCCUUAGUUCAGCAGUUUUACCAUGUUCCCCUGCGUAUGUUUGUGGACAGCUGUGUGGCAACCUUGGGUCCUAACCCAGACACAGUCCCUCGCUAUGCUUUCCUUGGUAACAAAGGGUGUCUGAUUGAUAGCAAACUGACAAACUCGGGCUCUCGGUUCCUACCUCGCACCGAGGAUGACAAACUUGAGUUCCAAGUGGAAGCUUUCAAGUUCCAGGAUGACAGCCUGGGACUGCUCUACAUCACCUGUAACUUGAGGGUUACCACAGUGGUGGUUCCAAUCUCCACCACAACCAAGGCCUGCUCUUAUUCCAACAGUGAUGACCCCCACUCUCCAUUUCCACUGCCACCACAACCAUCAAACUAUGCCACAGCUCUCAACAGGAAUGAGAGCAUCUAUUACGGUGGCAUGGCUGUCACCCACCCUGAUGCUGAGGCACUGGAAGUCGAGACAAGGGGGCAGAGCACAAGUAAGACCUGGCACCGUGUCCGCGCCCAGCGUCUGACAUCAUCAGACUUCAAGAGCAUAGUCUCAAGGGUGGCAGACUUCGAGACUCUGGCAACCAGAAUGCAGAGACCGAAGAGGACUGUGCAGACACAGGCCAUGAUGAGAGGAAUUGAGUUGGAGCCCAUUGCAGCUAUACAGUAUGAGGAAGUAACUGGACACUCGGUCUCCACUUGCGGUUUCGCCAUCAACCCCAACGCCCCACAUUUGGGUGCCUCCCCUGACCGAAAGGUGGCGGAUGACUCCGGUCAGCUUCAGGGACUGCUGGAAAUCAACCCUGGGCAGUAUCUGGGGGGGAAAAAUGAGACCAAGGAUGCAAUCUGGGAUGACGACAGGGCGGACCUGCUCCUCCUCCUGAACGGAGCCUUUUGA